UCUGGGCCUUCUGAACCAGUGACUAAAUGAAUGAGCAGCUUCACAUGCCGUCUAGAUGAUGACUGUCACACUCAGCCAAGUCACACAGCCUGACCAUCCUGUGCUGUCUAGGUUCGAUUACAUACAACCGGCCAUGUUGCAGAACCUGAGCACCCUGUGCAGCCUAGGUACGAUUUCACACAACCCGCUAAGUUGCAGAGCCUGGGCCGGUCGCAGAGCCUGACCACCCUGUGCUGUCUAGGUUCGAUUACACACAACCGGCCGGUCGCAGAGCCUGACCACCCUGUGCUGUCUAGGUUCGAUUACACACAACCGGCCAAGUAGCAGAGCCUGGGCCGGUCGCAGAGCCUGACCACCCUGUGCUGUCUAGGUUCGAUUACACACAACCGGCCAAGUCGCAGAGCCUGACCACCCUGUGCUGUCUAGGUUCGAUUACACACAACCGGCCGGUCGCAGAGCCUGACCACCCUGUGCUGUCUAGGUUCGAUUACACACAACCGGCCAAGUCGCAGAGCCUGGGCUGGUCGCAGAGCCUGACCUCCCUGUGCUGUCUAGGUACGAUUACACACAACCGGCAAAGUCGCGGAGUCUGACCACCCUGUGCAGCCUAGGUACGAUUACACACAACCGGCAAAGUCGCAGAGUCUGACCACCCUGUGCAGUCUAGGUACAAUUACACACAACAGGCCAAGUCGCAGAGCCUGGGCCGGUCGCAGAGCCUGACCACCCUGUGCUGUCUAGGUACGAUUACACACAACCGGCCGGUCGCAGAGCCUGACCACCCUGUGCUGUCUAGGUUCGAUUACACACAACCGGCCAAAUAGCAGAGACUGACCACCCUGUGCAGUCUAGGUACAAUUACACACAACCGGCCAAGUAGCAGAGCCUUGGCCGGUCGCAGAGCCUAACCACCCUGUGCUGUCUAGGUACGAUUACACACAACCGGCCAAGUCGCAGAGUCUGGGCCGGUCGCAGAGCCUAACCACCCUGUGCAGUCUAGGUACAAUUACACACAACCGGCCAAGUAGCAGAGCCUUGGCCGGUCGCAGAGCCUAACCACCCUGUGCUGUCUAGGUACGAUUACACACAACCGGCCAAGUCGCAGAGUCUGGGCCGGUCGCAGAGCCUAACCACCCUGUGCUGUCUAGGUACGAUUACACACAACCGGCCAAGUAGCAGAGCCUUGGCCGGUCGCAGAGCCUGACCACCCUGUGCAGUCUAGGUACAAUUACACACAACCGGCCAAGUCGCAGAGCCUGACCACCCUGUGCUGUCUAGGUACGAUUACACACAACCGGCCAAGUCGCAGAGCCUGACCACCCUGUGCAGUCUAGGUACGAUUACACACAACCGGCCAAGUCGCAGAGCCUGACCACCUGAUCCAAUUAAGUUGCCUCUUGCGACCAGCAAUUGCGUAAGUUUGGGACUGGAGAUUUAUAUGCAGUGACACCUGAUGGAAUGGUUCCAUGAAAAAUGAUGGAUGAGUUCAUUUCCCGACCCAAAGCCAUACACAUUGGAAUCAUGCUUUGACAUGUAGAUUGGCAGCAUUGGAAUUCUGAAGGAAAGAGUUCUAUCCCUUAGGAGUGCCAGGAUUUGAUGAUUGUUCCAUUUCUCAACAUGCCAGUAAGAAUGAAGCCGGAACCAGUGGAUCACAACCCGCCGCAGAUGCCCUAUGUUCAGCAGCUGGAACAUGUUCUUACUAGUCCUCCAAUGCUGCGUCCACCAGGACCUGGCCCAUUGUAUGUUCCACAUAAUGUCCAAGUUCUCAACUACAAUCCAGAGCCACCUCCACAACCCCAACCUCCACAAAUGCCUCCACAAUCCUCAGAACCUUCAACAUUAGAGAAGGACCAGUCACAACCACAACCAUCACUGGAACCUUCUGACAAAAGCGAAGAUGAAAACAUUGAGGAUAGAAUUGAUGUUGAUAGUAUCAAAGGAAUAUUUGGGUGGGCAACUAUAGACACUGUCAAUGUUCCAUAUAUUGUGAGGAAACAUAAGAAGUAUGUGGCUGUUCGGAUUGUAGAGAAGAAACUUUUGAGUAGGUACCCAAAUUCUUUUCCUGAUGAACUGGGAAAGAAGGAACCUCUGGUUAGUUAUUUUGUGACUGAGAAUGAAGCCAAACUACUUGAUGAAAUUAACCAGGUCCAUUGUAGCUGUGAGUAUGGACAACAGGCUUUUACAUGCAAGGACCUUAUAGUUGAUAUGGCUGAGUUUGAGGACUUCUAUAACCUUGUCAAAAAGACUUUCCCUGAUGACUAUUUAGCAAAACUAAGAGGAGAGAUUCCACAACAGCAAGUUCAACAGUCGGUUCAGAAUGAAGGAAAGCCUGUUGAACAUGUCAAAUCUGAAUUGGCUAAGGUGUGUGGUUGGGUCCAAAUCAACAAUACAGUGUCCCCUUAUAUCAGACGCUACUCGGGAAAGUUUGUGCCCCUAUCAGUGAUUAAAUAUGCUGCUGGUUUAUUGACUGAGUUGCAGAUUGAAGGAACACUGCCUACCUUAGCUGAGUGCAAUCUGCUCAAUGAAACUUGUAAAGCUGCUGGAUUUGAUUUCACAUUUGGCCAGAACACAAAAGUUAUCCACUUAUCAGAAGUAACACAACGAUGUCAAGUUAGCAUUCUUGAGCUUCCAUUUGAUGAUCCACUGAAACAUGCUCAGUACAUAGACCUUCCUUCUCCAACAAAGAUCCAACAACCAGCACCAAACCAAGUGCCAAUAGGACAGAGACCUCCAGGCAGUGUGCAGUCCCCGAAUGUCAAUCCAUUUGCUGGAUACCCUAGUGCUCCACCCAAUCCUUUCUUCAACAUGAUGCCAAUGAUGCCGCAGAGGUAUCCCCAACAACCUAUGGGCCAGUAUCCCUUGCCACCUCAAGGACAACGAUUUCCCUUCAUGCCUCCACAAAACAUGCCCAGCCCUAGGACUAACAUGGGCUCUCCACCCAGACAAAGCCUUCCAAGUCCUGGUCAGAUGCCCUCACAGCAUGGUCAGUACCAACCUUCUGGCCGGCCAUCACCAAGUCAUCCCCAGAGCAGUCCUCUGAGCAUGAUGUCUCACAUGGCUCAAAAUGGACAGAUGCAUCCAAUGCAGGGGGUAUUCCCAGGGCAGAUACAUCCAGGAGGCAUAGGACCCAUGAAUCCCAUGAUUCGCCCUGGUCAAACUGUACCCAACAGUCAAGGUCCAGGCCUCUCUCCACUGGGCCUGGGUCAAGGCAUGAGAAUGCCUAUGACUGCCCCCACAGAGAUGAUGCCAAGAGGCCCAAUGCUGCACACUGCUCAGAUGCCACAGCUCUCACCUUCUCAAAGUGCUAUUUCUCGUUUCCCCAAUCCUCAUAGCAUGGUCCCAGGUCAGCAGAUGAAUAAUCAAAAUGGAAAGCUGGCAAGCACUCCUAAUUCUACAUUUGCAGCAACAUCUCCAGCUGCUUCCUCUGUAUCCAGUAGCCCUAAGACUGUUCCAAAUUCUGCACCUGCAACUGCCAGUAUCCCUACAAUGAAUGGUGAUGCUCCUCAACGUCCAGCCUCCAAUCAGAGCUCUGGUCAAAGCAGGUCUAGUUCUCGGUCCUCAUUAGUAGACAAGAUAAGUGGAGUAGUGCUGAACGGAAAGAGCAUAUCAUGCAUGCAUUUGGAUCAUGCAGAGAAACCGGGUAAAUUCUGCUUAGUGGAAGCUGUGUGUAAAUUAUAUUUUUCACAAAGUAGUAUGAAUGAAUUUCUCUAUGCCCUACAGAAUGUGUUGAAGAUUCCUUUACACUCAUGUAAUGAGGAUGAAGAAAAGGCAUUCAUUCAGUAUUACAACCUGCCAGUGAGUGUUCUCAAAUGUAACAAGAUGAUCAGUCUGACAGACCUUGAGAAGUACUUCCCACAGAUGUCCUACAUGUUCAGUCAAUGUGAUACACCCACAGAGGGUUCUGAGGACCAGAAUGGCACUGCAGGAGAUAAGCCUACCACUGAUUCUCCUGCACUGGUUUCAGAUACCACAUUGUCUGCCCCAUCAGCAGAAAAUCAAACAGACAACAGCCAAAGUUCAGCAAGCCGUAAACGGCCCAGUCUUACCACCCUUCCAUCUGCCCCACCACCGAAACAGCCCUGUCGAAGGCUAGAGGAAAUGGUCCAAAGACUCAAGCAAUCUCAGAAUACAACUGAUGGAUGUGAUAAGCCCGCAGAGGAACAACAAGAUGCAGAUCAGAAGCCUGUUGCUCUUCCUCCCCCUCCAGCUGAUGGGGAGGCUGGCAGGAAAGAAGAAGUCAUUGUUCUGGACUGAGCCUACUAAAGAAGAGAAGAGUUUUACUUAAACAUUUUGAACUGCUACUGAUCUAUGUAUUGACACAGGUCUGUUUGGAUGGGUCUCCAAGAAUAUUGUGCAAAGGAGUCAGUUUCUUCCAGAUAUGUGAAAAAUGGAUCACCAGUAUUCUUAUGAAAGACUGUCGUUUCUUGUGCUCAGUUGAAGGAUAUAUACAAGAUUUCUGUUUUAAGAACUUUAAUCUCUGUUGGACAGUGAUUAAUGUUUAUUUUGUCAGAACUAUUUUGAUAACUUACACAGAAGACACAAUGCUGGGCGAAGGAUGUGAAGCAUUAUCAUGAGCUUCAGUAAGGAUAUUAGAGGAGACGCUGUGAGUCUUGUUUGAAACCCUGUGGUAAAUGUUGUGACCUAUAACUGGAGAUGUUUCAUGUCUUCUUUUGUGACCAAGAACAAGACAUUCAUUUUCAUUCUGGAUUCUAAAGCAUUUUGUGACAUUGCAUACAAUGCUAUCACAUUAUUUAUUUUGCAGAGUGUACUAUCAUUUCUUUGGAGACUUCAGGGUAACGAGUGUAAAGGUGCAACACUGCUUACAAUGGCAUUUAUGGCUAAUGUGUAACCAAAUUCUUAAUGUACCCCCACCCCAAUACUUUUUGAGAAUAAUCACCAGAAGCAGUGAAGCUGCUCUUUGACUUCAGCUGUUUCGUUUUGUGUGACAUGACCUCUCUGACAAAAUGGACCAUCCAUGGUGAUGAACACAGUUGGAGAAUGUGGAAAAGAUUUCCUGGGAGCUCUGUUAUUCAUACCAGAGGGAAGGAAGACAGUACAACCACAACCACAAGGAAGAGCUUUCUGUGUAAUUUCUCUUGAAAUACUGACUUCUUCAAGGAAUAAAUAAGAGGUUGACUUAGAGCAAGCUGGAAAUGAGAUUGAGUAAUUCAGCUUGAAAUGAAAAUCUGGGUUGUUUUGUGACAUGAUCGGUGAUGGAGUCAUUCAUCACAAGGCUUCUAGUGACAGUUACAGAUAAAAGGGUUUCCACUGCCAAGUCAGAAUGAUGACCUAAGGUUAUGCAAGGGUUUGAUCACAAAGGAGUUCCAUGACAGUGUUGGAUUGAUAGUGUGAGAAGAAGUCCUGAUAAGGGAACUGUUGUGUUUGUUUUUUUCUUAGUUGACUUUGUACUAGUGUCCAUUUAUAUUUGUUUUAGGCCAUUGCUACUUCCAUGACAAUGUUUGCAUCCAGGCUAAAACAAAUCUUUGAUUCUCAGGCACCACCUGCAUCAAAAUAAGACAACUAUGUUUGUGAGCUAAUAGUUAAUGUAAUCAUUUCGACCCCAAAAAAGGAAAAAAUCCCUGCUUGCACCAUUUAGUCAGAGUCCGUCUGAGAAUUUAUUUUGUUUUUUGCUUAAUAUGUUCUCCAUGAUAAUCCAUUUUGUUUGUGAGGAAUAUUACUGAAGAUGACCUGGAACUCAAGAUUGUAUGAAGAUGAUCAUGAUUAAAUAUAUAUGAAAUGUUUUAAUAUGCUGAGUUAGCAUUACUGAAAAUGAUCCAUAUGCAGAGGUAUGCAGUAUUUGUUUUUAACUUUUGUGUCGCUGUGUUUGUUUUUUCACUAAAAUGAAAUCCAUGUACAUUGUUUAAGACUAGUUAUAAAUGUCAUGUGUUCUUGUCUUUAUCUUGUGACAUAUACUACACAUAGUGCUAUGUGCUAAAAAUGAAUUGUAAUUCGACUGGAAAUACCUGAUGGAAAUACUUUCGUUGUCUUUCAUAUUUAGGAAACACUGAAGUAUUGACUAACAACACACUCACAUUUAGGAACAAUGUCUGAAGGAGAAUAAGGACUGCUGUGUUUUGUAAUAACAUGACAAUGGGUAUCAUGACACA